AUAGUCGAUUUAAGCUUUUAUUUAUUUAAUUUAUCUUUUUAGGGGAUAUAUCAUAAUAAUCCUUGCGCCGCCUAAAUUAUUAUUUUCCAUAAACUUUAGUGAUGUAUGUGCUUAGCUAAAGUUAGGUCGCAAGUUCUUUUAUAAAGAAACCAAAGGCACCACUAUCCUCACUCACAAACAGAGAAAGAACAGAAAAGUUAGCAAUGGCAAGAAGUGGCGAAGUAGUGAGCAACAAGCAGGUGCUGGCUAGAGAUUACAUAGAUAGCAAUCCCAAGAUUACUGACAUGUAUUUGAGCACAGCUAUCACAAAACUGGAACUGCCAGAGUGUUCAAAAUCUAUUUUGGUCAAGAAUCUCUACUUGUCCUGUGAUCCUUAUAUGCGAGGUGUUAAGAACCCAGAACCCGGCCGAAUUACUUUUUUCGCUCCUAACUCGCCAUUAGUUGGUUACGGAGUGGCUAAAGUUUUGGCUUCUGGGCACCCUGAGUUUAAAGAAGGAGACUUAGUUUGGGGCAUAACAACGUGGGAAGAGUACAGUCUUAUUACAAACGCUGAAAACCUCUUUAAAAUCAAUGAUACUGAUGUACCCCUUUCCUAUUAUACAGGAAUCCUCGGCAUGCCUGGUAUGACUGCCUAUGUUGGUUUCUAUGAUAUUUGCUCCCCAAAGAAAGGAGAAUAUGUGUUCAUUUCAUCAGCUUUCGGAGCAGUCGGUCAGCUCGUUGGUCAAUUUGCAAAAUUGUUGGGUUGUUAUGUUGUGGGCAGUGCAGGAAGUCAAGAGAAGGUUGAGCUAUUGAAGAGCAAGUUUGGAUUCGACGAGGCAUUUAAUUACAAAGAGGAGGACUGUGAAGCAGCUCUGAAAAGGUACUUCCCAGAAGGCAUAGACAUAUACUUUGAGAACGUGGGUGGCAAAAUGCUCGAUGCCGUGCUGGUCAACAUGAGACUUAAAGGCCGCAUAGCCGUGUGUGGAAUGAUCUCGCAAUACGAUCUGGAGGAGCAUCAAGGGAUUCGCAAUCUGAUGCAUCUCAUAUACAAUCGAGUUCGCAUGGAAGGCUUCUCCGUCUUUGACCACUUCCAUCAGUACCCCACGUUCUUAGAAACUGUGCUACCUUACAUCAGAGAAGGGAAGAUAAACUACGUGGAGCACAUAACUCACGGUCUGGAAAGUGGCCCAGAGUCUCUGGUUGGCCUCUUCAGUGGCGUCAAUGUUGGCAAAAGCGUUGUUCUUCUGUCUCAAUACUAAGCUUGAAGACUAUAGCUUGUUGUGUUCUCAUGCUGUUCCUCUUUCAAUAUUGUACUUUAAUUACCGUUACUCUGUAUUUAUCCGUAGUACAUGAGUGAUGUGACUGCAAACAGACACGUAUUUGUCAAGUUGCUCUUUAUGUGUACUAUUACUAUUUGAUAAAAUGAUUUUGUUUAAUAUAACUCUAGCUAGCUACCUUGUAAUGACUCGAUACUCUAGAUUUUUGGACCAUUAACGAAACUAUACAUACAAAUCCUUAAUAAAACUUAUAUUUGCGAAAAUACCAUAAA